CUGAUUACGUCAUAUUGUCGCGUCGCAGUGGCAGACUAAUGGCGUCAGAACUCGGAGCCAUGAAGUUGUUUUCAUUCUUUGUGUCGUGUCUUUAGCGUUUUAUUUUUGGUGUAUUCUGUAAAUUCCAGGAAUCCUGACUGUUUUGCAGAGCUCAGCUGCGAUGCCUCCCGCCAUGACUCAGAUCAGCGAUCCAAAGAUUGCAUUCGCCUACUUGCGACCGGCCUGUGUCCUCCUGACCCGUCAGCCCACCGUGGACAAUGUGGAGAGACUGCAUUCGCAGCUGAAGGAAGUGGACGACGCCACGCUGCAGCAGCUCCAAGACUACAUUCUCUUCCCGCUACGCUUUGUCCUCAAAACCCCCGGCUCCAAAGAGAAGAAUGCACUGGUCCAGGUGACUGUGGAGGCCAUGAGUCAGGUGCUGGAGCGCACGUGUGUCGCGAGCUGGGAGACUCUUCGAGAGCUGAUGUCGGAGCUGUGCAUGUGCGUCUGCAGCCGCACAGAUGUGGGGAAACCCGCUUGUACGUCGGAGGAGCUGAAACUGAGCGUGCUCCGAUGUCUGGACGCGCUCCUCCACGCGGCAUAUGGUGACAUUUUUUUCAAAUUGUUUGAGCCCGCAAUGCUGCCGGGGCUCGGCGCCGCAGUGUCGCUGCUGCUGAGUCUGGCGGAGAAGGAGAAAUGUCGAGAGAUACAGACGGCGGCGCUCAAGUGUCUUCUGAUUCUGACUCUCAAGUGCGACUGCGGUCAGGAUCACUUUGUGGCGUCUUCAGAGGAGAGACGGGCUGUCGGAGGCACCAUGGCCUCCUUCUUGCCUGGGGUCACCACGACCAUGACCCGCAUGAUCACAGGAGACCUUCGGCAAGGACACCUUGUCACAGUCGGAGCCAUGAAGGUCUGGACGUCUUCAGUGGGCCUGGUUCUGGAAGAUGUCCAGCUCCAGACCUGUGACUCCCAUCAGGCUCCUCCAGCCGAGCUCGGCAGGAUCGGUCAGCUGGUGGUCCAGCGCUCUGUAGGGUGGGUGAAGAGCACGGCUGAAAAACUGUCGGUGCUGCUGAAGAAGAUCAUCUCCUGCACCUCGGCCCAUCGUCACUGGAGGGUGCGUCUGCAGACAGUGGAGCUGGCUGACGCCCUGCUGCGCCGGUGCCAGCGCUCGCUGGGCCAGUGUGUGGGUCUGUUGCUUGAAGCCUUGGUGGGGGCCGUCAACGACGAGGAGUCCAGGGUGAAGGAGCGCUGCCAGGAAGCUCUGAAGGACGUGUCCGAGAGAAACCAGGCCUCCAGCAACAGCCAGAGCUUCACAGACGUCCUGUCUGAGAACCUCCACGUGCUGUGCACUUCACUGCCCCGACUGAUGCGCACGUCUGACGAUCAGAAGAAACUGUUUGUCCUGAACGUCUUCUUGGGUUAUCUGAAGCUCCUCGGGCCUCUGGUGUCCAUGGUCCUGAACUCUGCUGCACAUCUGGAGAGGAUCUCCAAAGCUCUGAUGCAGGUGCUGGAGCUGGACGUGAAAGACGUUCGAAUCGUUGAGGAGAGAAAUCUGGGAACAGCCAUUGAAGCGGGAACAUCUGACUUCUCCUUCGCUCACACGCAGAGGAAACACUUCCUGCUCUUCACCGACGACAAGAUCUUCUCUCUGCUGAUGGAGAUCUGCCGCACCUUAGGUUACCAUGGCAACAUUUACCUGCUCAGUGACCACUUCCUGGACCUGUACCGGCAGUCUCAGUCGUACAGGAAGCAGGCGGCCAUGGUUCUGAACCAGCUAGUCAGGGGCGCUGCAGGACACUCGGCGGGCGUUGGACCCUCGACCUCGCUGGAGGACCUGACUGCUGUGGUGCAGAUGGUCCUGGACGAAUACAUGAGCGUGGACAACUGGCAGCUGCUCACAACGGCUCAGGAGCGAGAGAAGGACCCCUGGGACCAGCAGCCCCACAGCUCAGUGAGACUGCUCUCCAUCUCCGACUCUGGAGCUGGUCCUCUCCAGGUCCUCCCCUCUUCCUCCUCGUCCUGCUCUCUGCUGCAGCUCAACAGCAACAUCUGGCAGCUGUGUCUGCAGCUGGAAGGUGUGUCCUGCUGCGCUCAAGCUCUGGGCGUGGACUUCCGUCCCUUGCUGAUGACAUCACUUUACCCUGUCCUGGAGAAGGCAGGCGAGGAGACACUGCUGGUCAGUCAGGCGGCGCUGAGCUGCCUGUGGGACGUGGCUCGGUCCUGCCGGUACCAGACGCUGAUGGAGAUGAUCAACCUCAACUGUGACUAUCUGCUCAAUGACGUCUCGCUCAACCUGCAGAGACUCUCACAGCACCCCGAGGCUCCCCGCGUGCUGACGGUCAUGUUGGUCCACUCGGACCGCAACCUGCUCCCACUGGUGGGCGACAUCGUGCAGGACGUACUGACGGCUCUGGACCUGAGCUACGAGAGGACGGCGCCGCUCUUCUGCUGUGUGCUGCUGGCGCUCAUGAAGGCUCUGGCUCGCUGGUUCCCACCCGCUCCCUGCCCCGCUGCCUCCAGCGCCCCUCCGCCCCCCACCCCUCUGGACCACUUUGAUGUGCAGCAGUUCCUGCUGGAGUACCAGAAGCAGAAGGACCUGGCUGAGGGCCGCUGGGUGGAAGGUGUGGAUGACCAAGAUGUCGAGGUCCCUCCUCCUUCAGAGCUUCCUCCUGAUGAUGAUGAUGAUGAUGACGAUGAUGGUGAGAAGAAAGGCGAGCUUCCUCUUCACCUCAGUGUGACCAAGGAUGUGAUGGAGCGCUGUGUCCACCUGCUGUCCGACCCUGACCUCCGAGUGCGACUCAAGGUUCUGGACGUGCUGGAGUUGUGCGUGUGCCUCUUGAGCGAGAAGGAGGAGGAGCUGCUGCCGAUGGUCCACCGCUGCUGGCCUGCCCUCCUGCAGAGGCUGACCGCCGACGAUCCACUCGCCAUCCUCAGAGCCUUCAGGGUUCUGUGCUCGCUGGGGGACGCGUGUGGCGACUUCCUGCGGAGACGCGUGUCCAAAGAGAUCCUGCCCAAAGUGAGCAGCUCCCUGCUCCACCAGGCUCCGGUCAGCGCCCGGGCUGGGCCCGUCUACACACACACGCUGGCCUACAAGCUACAGCUGGCGGUUCUGCAGGGGCUCGGCUCGCUUUGCCAGAGACUGGAUCUCGGUGAGCUGGAGCUGGAGCAGGUGUGUGAGACCUGUCUGCCCUACCUGAGCUGCAGACAGCCGGCCGGCCUGCAGGAGGCCUGUCUCAGCGUGUUCCGGAUCUUGGCCCGGCUGGACCCGGACCUGGUCUGGUUCAUCCUCAAUGAGCUCCACUGUCCGACUAGCUACGAGCCGCCGCACCCGGACCUGCUGCCAGUGCUGCUUAGCGGCGCCGGGCGGCCCAGAGACGAGUUCUCGGACAAUGUCGUGAAGCUGCUGAGUGAGGAGCUGAGCUGAGGACCUUGCUUGUUUCCCAAGAGUCUCUUUUCCAGUGGUUCACAGUGAAAUGGCUCAGGCUGGAGCACACCUGGAGCCUGGGUCCUCUCAAGCUGCUGCUGCUCACAUGCUUCACUGUGUCCUGAGAGAACUUGGUGAGAGCAGCCUCAGGUCAGUGAGAUGGUGCCACUGACCUGAAGUCCCCCUCCUCUUGGGUGGAUUGGAAGAGGGUCCCGCCGUGCAGUCAGGCCGGAUGAGGGCUGCUGCUGCUGCUGCUGCGGCGUGUCCACAUGUCUGCUCCAUCUCCAGCUCCAUCUCCAGCUCCAUCUCCAGCUCCAUCUCCUCACGUUGCCAGCCUCGUUCCUUCUCAUCCUCACCAGAGAGCCUUUCCAUCAGGCUCAGGUUGGAGCUCCAUCUGUUGAACACAGCAUUGCUCCGUCACAAGUUCACAUGAAGAACUAGAACUAGUGAACUACAACUACACACACACACGUGUCGCCGUCUGCUAGUGAGGCUGACAUGACAAACAAUUGUGUGCUCUAUGUUUUCACCUCGAAACCUGAGAGUGGUGUGUAAAUGCAUGUAGUCACAUGAUGUGUUUUUGCCACGAAACAACUGGGUGUUGUCAGCAGUGGAGUUGAGUCUGCCGAUCUGAGUCUGUCUUGUAUUGUUUUUCAGUAGGAGCUUUUCAUGUUUGCUUCUGUUUGUUCGUUUCUAUUUUACCCAGUGACAUUUAAGAAGAUAUAAAACAUUUGAUAUAUUAUUCCAUAUGCAUCAGAAUUUAUUGGGAACAAUUCUCAUCUGCCCCUCAUUGUGCGCUCAUUUGGUUUACCCCCAUGUCAGAUUGUUUUUUUGAUGUUAUGUCUCCAAAUGUCAGAAGGCAGAAGAUGCUACAUUUGGUUCAUUGUUUUUUACGCUAACUCCUGAGUCAGUGUUUUAUUUUCCUUCUAAAUUGUUGAAGUGAAGUGGAAUAUAGGUGGAAGCUUGACGAAACCAGUUGAAGGAUUAAUAAUAAUUUUAAACAAAGGUGUGAACAGUGUUGCUGCAGUUACUUUGAAAAAGUAAUCCAACUACUGAUGACUCCCUCAACAAGUAAUGUAGUGUCACGUCUCCUGUUGGCCACUUGGCAGUAGUUGCACUUAAGUGGCUGCUGUUCCUCGCCAGUCCGCGCCAGAGGAUCAUUUUAUUUCUGACUUUCAGGAGAAAAUGCAACAUUAGUACAUCACAUCUGUACCGUUUCUUCCUGCACCAAAGAAAGAAUAAUCUAUGAAAGUCUAAACAUCGAUCAUAAGUGUUGUUUAACUUGACCUAUCAAGAGGAUUUAAAAAAACUGCGACAUAGUUUUUUGAGUUCGCACUUUCAACACAUUUGUGAGGCGACUUUAUUUCACUCUCUUUAACCGGUGAUUUCUGCGCGUUGGUGGACAGCAGGGUUAAUACCGUCAUCCAUAGCAGACACUAACUCAAAGUGGUGGCUAGAAACGUGCAUCUCUCUCCUCACGUCUCUGUUAUUUACUGCCGUGUAGCCGGCAGCUUGACACCUGAGCUGCCCGCGUGUUGGAAACGUGACUGGCGUGUCCCUCACACGACGACAUGCCUAAAGACGUAGAAAGCGAAUGGUCAUGUUUCACUUCCCGACAAUGGCAACAAUAGUAACGCACGGUGACUUUGAUCUCUGAAGUUUGGUCCUGACAGGCGAGUCUGUCUUCUCUUCACUCUCUCUCUCCACAGGCAGCAGAAGCAGCAGCAGGUAGGAACUGGAGACACACUCAUGGUUUCAACUGUUUUAUUGUCCCCAUUCCUCCUCAGCCACAAGAGCCAACACCUCCAGCUUCAGGUGAGUCCCGCUGCAAGUUCACUUCCUGCUUCAGCAGGUCUUCAAGCCUUUGGACAACAAGAAGUCUCUGCUUUACUGUGUCUCCCAGCAUCACCUCUGUGAGAGAAAGCGGUCAGUGAGCAGCCAGAGGCAGCAGUGGUCAGCAGGGACUCACGUUUGACCUCCAGCUUGCAGGACACGGCUGCCUCCCCCUGCUGGUUCUUGGCUCUGCAGGUGUAGAUGCCCCCGUCGAAGCUGCACGGCUUCCUGAUCUCCAGCGAGCAGAUGCCCUGGUUGGACAGCUGCCGGUACUUGGGGUCGUUUCCGAUCACCAUCUGGUUCUUGAGCCACUCGAU